UCAGUGAAGCAGGUUGGCCACUCCUUCAUUACCAUCGCUCCCUAAAGGCUCUCUCCAUCUCCCUGCUGCCUCUCCACCAUCCUCUCUCCUCUCUAUCCUGCUCUCUCCUCUGGUCUGUCUCACCAUCCUUCCUCCUGUCAUCAUCCACCCUCCUACUUACUCUGUCUUUUCCAUUCUCACUGCAGAUCCUCUGUUUUCUUUCUCCUCACUGACAGCUUCACCUGCACAUUUACACACACAAAAAAAACACCAGAGACCAUUCAUUCUCUCUCUUCCUCUUCCUCCUUCUCAUGCACACUCACAUCCACACACAGCCAUGCUUCCAGCCUCCUGCCAGCAGCAGAGCGAGGUGAUGCAGGAGCGGCAGAAGCAGCUGCUCUGACACAUCCUGGCGUAACGAAACACACACCGACAAGGCAGGAGGCAAGAAGAAGAAGGAGGAGGAAGAGGAGGAGGAGGAGGAGGAGGAGAUAAGGAGGCGGGGAGGUAGGAGGAGGAGGAGGAGGAAGAGGAGAACACAACUCUGUCUGAAAGGACACCAGAGGACAGCGGGAGGAAGAGCAGCCAUGUCAGACACACCUUUGCAGAGGAACGGCACGGCGAACGCCCCCUGCUCCUCCCAGCUGUUUAAUCACACAUGGCUCAUGCCUAAAGAAGAGAGGGAGGGGACAAAUGGGAGGAGAGACAGAAGGAAAGAAAGAGUGGGUGAUAGACGGAGAGAGAGGCAGAGAAUGCGAGCAGUGGGCCGAGUGUGAGGCACAUGGCCAGUGAGUGAGAGAUCUCUGCUUCCUCUCGGCUCGAGCUGCUUCUUCCCUCUCUGGUUGGAUUAUCGCUGAGGAAGGACCUCGUCUGGAUACUCCUACCUUCUCCCUCUCUCUUCCCUCUCUCCUCCACCUCCCUCCCCCCCUCUCUCUCUCUUUUACCUCUCGCUGAGGGACUGCAGCUCUCUGCCUUCCCAGGAUCUCACCUCUUGUUCUCCUUUCACCCCCCUUCUCCCCUGCUUCCCCCCUCCAGGAUGUCGUGUGAGGAGGCUCAGCUCCACAAAGAGAGGCUGCAGGCCUUGGCGGAGAAGCGAAAACGACAAACUGAAAUUGAAGACAAAAGAAGCCAGCUCGAUGAUCUGGUGCUACAGCUGCAACAUGUCAAGUCCAAAGCCAUGCGGGAGCGAUGGCUGCUCCAGGGGACGGGCGUGGAGGAAGAGGAGGCUCGACGGAAACAGCUGGAACAGGAUGAAGAGCAGGGGAAGAGGCUGGAAGACAUGAUUCACAGGUUGGAGUCUGAAAUUGGUGCGCUUGAAAGCGAAGAGUCUCAGAUCUCAGCCAAAGAACAAGUUCUUCGAGAGCGUCUGAAAGAGACGGAGCGCUCAAUAGAAGACCUGCAGAAGAGUCUGAUGACCCAGGAUGAAGAUGCCACCGGCUGCAUGUCCGCCCCUCUCUCGGACUGCAUGGACCCCAAUCCCAACCACCUCGUCCCGGCCUCGCAGCCCCGGACCGGUCCGCCUGCCUCCAGAGAGCACGCCAUACCAAGACCUGCGAUGUUUGCCAUGGAGAUCAACGUGCAGCACGACCCGCAGACCGGUGAGCAGCGCAUCCUGUCGGCUAACCGCGUCAACCCGUCGGACGCGGCGUCACGCGGCAUCAAAGUCUACGACGACGGCAGAAAGGUGGUCUACGAGGUCAGCUCCUCCGGCGGCGUGUCCACCACCGCUGUGGAGAACGGGUGGAGCUCGACGCAAGUGGACCAGCUGAUCCAGAGAGCUGCCAGGCCCGGGUCACGAGGAGGAGACAGCGGCAGGGGUCAGGUGACGGUGACCCCGGCUGCCCCAGAGGCCUACGUCUCCCCAGCAGACGUGGAUGAUCUGUCUCCACCCUCCUGCGCUCCGCCAUCCAUCCCCUCCAGCCCACCGGCUCAGGUCGUCCUCCAGAGGGAACCCCGGCUGGGCAUGAUGCCUCCUUCUGCUCCGGUCACGACCCAGCCGGGCUCCUCGGCCCACCCAGGCAACGAGGUCACCUCCCCGCCCCAAGCCAGCACGGAUCACCCGGUCACCAUGGUGUUCCUGGGCUACCAGGACGUUGAAGACAUGAGCGAGAGCAGGCGGCUGCUCGGCUUCGACGGCGCCGUGAAGGCCGAGGUAGUCCUCAUCGACGAAGACGACGAGAAGUCUCUGAGGGAGAAGACGGUCACCGACAUCUCGGUCAUCGACGGCACAGCGGCCGACCUGGUGUCGGGGCGGCCGGCCACUUCUGAGGCCGCCAGCACGGAACUGUCAUCCGACGGCCGUGAGCCCGACAGCGCCUCCUCGCCCCCCGCAAACCAAGACGCCAGCACGGCCCCCCCGCCCGGCCUCACCCCCGCCACAGGCUACAGCCAAACACCAGGGGUUACCAUGGCAACAGCGAAUGGCUAUCAAGCUCCCUUUCCAUCCAGACAUCCUCACACUGCCAUGAAAUCAUGGCGGGCAGCCGAGGAUGUCAGUGACACAGCACCCAGAGAGCGAGCCCUAAAGAGCGUCAGCUUCCAGGAAUCCGUCAGCGUCAUCUCUGACCGGCCUGCAGCCAUGGAACUGGAGAGCCAGCAGAUCCAACAUGGCUGCCUCAGCAGCCCCAGUAGCCGAGCCCACAAUGCAGUUGGUGUGAAAGUAGAGACUUCUGACAGCGAAGUGAUGCAGGAGAUCCGCUACCUGGACCAGGUGUUAGACGCAGCCUCAGAAACACCCACAAACGGAAACUCCUCUCCUUCAGAGCACAUCAAGCCCAUCAGCAUCGACGGAACCUCUCCUUCCGUCUGCGUGUCGGCCUCCUCCCCCGUCAAUCACCAGCCGAUCGUGGUGGAGGGACAGAGACAGACCACGUUCGUCCACCAGGAGUCUGCGGUGAGGACCAACGGACACGUGCAGGGAGACGAGUCGGGCCGCGGCAAGGCCAAGUUUGAGCUGCGAGCGUUUCAGGAGGAGAGACGUCCGGCGAAACUGUUCUCCCCCGGAGAGGAGCAGCAGGUCAGGGUGACGAGGAGACGACCCUCAGAGGAGGUUCAGGAGUUGGAGCGCGAACGUCAGGAGCUGAUCAGAGACCAGGCGGUGAAGAAGAACCCUGGGAUUGCACAGCGCUGGUGGAACCCUCCCCAGGAGGUGCCUUUGGAGGAGCAGCUGGAUGCAGAGCAGCUCGAGUCUCUCAAGAAAUAUCAGGAGAGGAAGCAGCAGAAACAGGCUCAUCCUUACGUAUACACUCAGCCUCAGGUGACGUGUCCUCCCUCAGCAGUGAGCUUUGACCCGGAGCUAAACAAGAAGGACGACAUCGUGGAGGAGCAGAUCGACUUCUCCUCUGCCAGGAAGCAGUUUCUGCAGGGAGGCGCUGCCAAGAAGGACAUCGCUCCUCACUUAUACUCCGCCAAACCCUUCUCCAAGUCCGUACCCAGGAGCAGCCAGGGAAGCGGUGAUAUUGUUGCAGAAACCGGAGAGACUCACGUGACCUGGUCUGAUGAAGGCAUAGCAGGAGAAUUUACGUGUGCACGUGCUGUGAUGACAAUCCUGCGAGGCGAGGAGGAAGCAAAGGGUCCCUUCCAUCCGUCUUUCCACCCAGAGGAGUCUGACUCAGGACUGGACGAGUUAUCUGUCCGCUCUCAGGACACUACCGUGUUUAGCUUGGAUAAUGUUUCUGACAGCGGGGCUUCGCUACCACCCACCCCGCUGCCACUCACCCCGGUGUCACCACCUACCCCUCAGCCCACCACCCCGGUCAACGGGCGCAUCUGUGGCAGUCCGACAGAGGAUGAGCUGGAGUACCACGCUGGGGUUCUGGUCCAGAACGCCAUCCAGAACGCUCUCGCAGCUCAGAAUGGAGGCGACUGGCAGCCAUCCGACUUCAGCUCUUCUCAGCUGAGCGCCCCGGUGUCUCCAUCCUCUGCCUCUACAAGCAGCCCAGUGCCAGUUUCUUCCUCUCCUGUGUCUUCUGGUGGAGCUCCCAGUUUCCAGUCUCCGGCGUCCACCAGUCCUGCUCCAUCCAACCCGUCCCCACAGCCGGACAGGCAGCCGGCGGUCAGAGUUGUUUCCCAAGAGAAGCCAGAAUCAGAAUCCGAGGCUCAGCAGCAGUCGUCCAGUCCAGCACAGCUCCAGACACCGUCUCCUCCACCCUCUCAGCCCAUCUCCCCAUCGCAGAGACCCAAAAACGGAGGCCCCAGAAUCAAGAUCCAGUCCUCUUACACCAGAGCGCUGGCCUCUUCAGCCCCGGCUCCGGCUCCGGCUCCGGCUCCUGCCUCAGCAGCUCCAGUCUCCAGGCCGACACCAGUCUACCGUCCCCCUUCUCCUCCAAGCCCAGAGAAAUCAGAGUUCAGCUACUUCAGUAAAUACUCGGAGGCGGCGGAGCUGCGCAGCACAGCAGCAACAACUAAAGGCCCUGAGGUGGAGGCGGCCAGCGGCCCGUUCCGUCUGCGCUCCAAGAAGCAGCGAACGUUGUCCAUGAUCGAGGAGGAGAUCCGAGCUGCUCAGCAGAGGGAGGAAGAGCUGAAGAAGCAGAGGGAGACGCAGCCGGUUAUCGUGGUCCGGUCCGGCAACGCUUCCAGCAGCAGUCAUGGACCUGUGAGGACGGGGAUGCGGCAAAGCACCAUUUCCCCAGCAGAUAAGAUGAAGAGCAACAGCCUGCCAACCAGACUCACACUGACAGCACGGACAGCGCCAGGAAAGAUUGAGAAAAUCCGACCUGCGCCGCCCGUCUCCCCCUCACCCUCAGAGGGAGCUCUGUCUGACGCCGGCAGCGAGGACUCUGGAGGUUCACGACCCAAAAACUUCAUGCAGACGCUGAUGGAAGACUAUGAAACGCACAAAGUGAAGAGGAGGGAGAAGAUGGAAGACAACAGUUAUGCCCGCUUGUUGCUGGCUAACGAGGUAACCACUGAGGUUCUGGAGGCGACUCGCGUCACCAGGAGGAAAAGCAACAUGGCGCUGAAGUGGGAAGCCGGUAUCUAUGCCAACGAGGAAGGAGAGGAGGAGGAGGAGGAGGAGGAAGAAGAGGAGGAGUAAACGAAUCUCCUUUUAGAGACAGUUAAACAGGAGGAAGAGGAGGAGGAGGAGGAAGGGACUGAAGGAAACAGAAAGCAGUAUUUAUUUCACUAAUAGUAUCCUGAUGAUCACAUGACCCUGCCGGCUUCGACCAAUUGGGGCUCGGCGAUGAGAUGCAUCAAGUUUUGAGGCAUUAGAAUGGAAGGUGCAGCAGUACGUUAGCAUGUAAGAGAUGUUUGAAGCAUUGAGGUGAGUUUGACGGUGGUUUGAGAGCGAAGUUUAUUUGGGAUAAAAUGUAGCCGGUAGACGCUGAAUGACGUAAGUUUUCGGAGGAUUAAUCACCUAUCUGCGGUUUUAUUGUUGAAAUAUGGGGUUGCCUGAGGCGUGUUGAUGGUGGAUUUGGCUGAAUGUGUGGGAAAGCUUUUAAAUACCAACAAGAAGAUGCUCUGAAAGAUCCUUCAGACUGACAGGACGGAGACACGGAGAGGCCAAAUCACACACGCAUUCUUUUAUAUUGUUUCCUGGAUGUGUUGAUGCUGCAGAAAUGAUUUCCAGGAACUGAACUGAAAGGCAUCCUCCCCCCCCAGAGCAUCUGUAAUGUUUGACUUUCUGCCCCCUGCAGUGCAGAUGAGCAUGUUGGCGGGAGCUUUCGCAUUCCUUUCCAGCGUCCGUAUUAAAUCUGAAGUGCCGACUCGAAGCUCAGCGUCCUCGAAUCGCAAAACUAACUUUGCCUUAGACUGUCAGUGAUUGUUGUAUGAUGUAUUACUCUCCUCUCCUAUCCUUAUUACGGCAGUUCCAGUAGACUUUAGAGAGCAUCAGCAGUUUGUCUAUAAUCACUACAAACAGGAGAGGAACUAACUGGUGCCGGUGUGUGUGCUGAUUAAAGGGCUGGGUCAGGGCUUUUAUAUUCUAAAACAUCACGUAUUUUACCUUCGUCGCUUCGUUGACCUGUGCUUUCUGAUGUAAGCAGUCGUUUCAUGUAUUAUACCGAGGUAGGGCUGUGUAUUUGAUGUAUGAAGAUCCGCCGUGUAUCUGCUAUACCUGCUAGCUGAGGAUAAACUUUGAUGAAGAAAAAACAAAAGUAGUGGAGAAAAAAAAGCUUUUUAUAAAAAUGUUCUUAUACCAAAACAGGAUGUUGUUCUUUAGGGAGAAUCGGUCAGCUCUUCUGAGCUCUUGGGCCUAUUUAAGAAGAUGCUGUGCAUGGAUUUACACUCCUUUUGUAGCCGGAAACAAGCACACAACAAGCAGCGAAGAGGAGCGAAGACUAUCAGCCUUUAAAGAGAAUCCUGUUCACCUUCUGUGUACUAAUACUAAAUGUAUGGUGAGUUUUCAUUUGAGUUUCUGAAAAUGUUCUGCAGCAAAGAAGCGUUAUGAUACGGCGGCCUUUAGAAAACCAGAUUCAGCUUCACAACUAAAGCAGUAAAAACAAUGAAGCACAAUCCCAUUUAUCUGUAAGAGCCUCGAGCAGGGGAGCCAAACUCAUCUUAGUUCAGGUUCCACAUUCAGCCCAGUUUGAUCUGCAGUGAGCCGGACCAGUAAAACCAGAGAUAAUAACCGAUAAUCCUUUGUUUUACUGCACAAUAAUCACAUUUAAGGAAUUAUCUUUUUACAAAACAUCCUGAACAACCUGAAAUUUCUGAAGAAAAAUAAGUUCAGUUGCAUCAUUUCCACAUUACAACUUCCAGAUCACAGAGUGUCUACAAAGGAACACAACGUUUAGUCACAGAUAUCUGGAACUGAACCGUGGAGGAUUUUACUUUAUAAUCAAAACCACAGAAGUCAGACAAAAAACAAGACAAGUAUUACAAAAGUGAGACGCAAAACGACAAAAAUGAGAAAAACAACAUCAAACAAAACAAAAUGGAGACAAUUAAAAAGUACAAAGCAACAAAAAAAUGGACAAACGACAUAAAACUGAUAACAAUCAGCGGACCAAAAAUGACAAAAGCGAGAAACAAAAUGACAAAAAGUAGACCAACAACACACGAGACAAAAAAAAAAACACAAAAUGACAAAAAUAAGACAGAAAACACAAGCGAGACAAAAAGGAAACACAAAACAGCAAAAACAUGAGACACUUUGAGGGCCGGAUUGGACCCUCUGGAGGACCACUUUUGGCCCACGGGCCUCAUGUUGGACACCGCUGCUCUAGAAGAUCCACUUCAAUGAGAUUUAAAAGUAGAAAUGUGUCAAAACGGCUGAAGAAAAAGUAGCUCUGAACCACUUUAGCUGAAAAGUAGCAAAAUGAUUGUACUCCUCUGUCUGUCAGCUCGUUUAUUGAAGCCGCUGAGAUUCUUUUUUUUCUGCGUUUGGAUGUUAGGAGCAGACAAAACGUUCAUAUAAACCAAAGUUUUAUCGCUACAGCUGCUCAUGUGUCCUGAUCUCUCAAUAGAACCCUCAGCUGAAUGCCCGAAAUACAGAUUAACCUGCACAAAAUGUAACGAAUCGCAGGACAUAUUGUCUGAGUCCAGGACGAGCUGCUCUUUGACUCCUAAUGUGCUCUGAAGGAAACGCAGUGCCAGCAUCGCCACCAACCACAAGUGAAAGUCCAGGACUCGUGCCUCCGUGGCGUUUCUAUUCCCUCUCCCCGAUACAAAAAACCCACACGUUGGUUCUUCCUUGUUCUUGUUUUUAUACACAUUUAGUAAUAUAUAAACUGAAAAAAAGUAUUUAAAAGACUGGUGUCCCAUUUUAGGAGACUGAAUUGUUUGUAGUUGCAUUAGAGGUACAGCGUUGAGUUUUAAAGGACGAAUAGAAAAACACAGAAAUGAGACGACAAAAAGCUUCACGUCCUGAUGGUUUUAAAAGCACUUCUUUAUUUGUAUUUUUACAGCAUCCCUGUUAGGAAUGACUUCAGCUGGCCUUUUUUUUUUCUAGAUAGAUGGAUAGUAGUUUCAGUGGCUUAUUCUGGAUGCCUGCUGAGCAUCUCCUGUGUUCAUUCAUGACCUCCAAAAGCCUCUUCCUCAUUCUAAAACAAACAUUUUCCGCUUCAAAGGGCACAAAAAAAGCCCCUGAACCCUUCAGAGUUCUCAUUAAACACACUGUUCCCCUGAAAUAACAAUCAUGCACACGCAGAGGAGUUGUUGAAUUGUGUGAUUUAUAAUUAUUAUUAUUAUGCUUUUGAUGUUUGAAUUCAUGGUGCAGAGAUGAUUUUAUUUAUCAUUUUAAAUGCUGGUAGCUUGUUUUUUUUUUGUUUUUUUGCAGCCUGCAGAAGCGCUCGAGCUUCGUUUGUGGGACGAAGCAAACCUUCUUCUCCAGUAAACAGUAUAACCUCUGUUCCUAUGUUAACCACUUGUAUGCUCAUACUCUGCUUUGUUAUUUUAUAGCUCAUGUAAGGCUCACAGUUAUACACCUACUAUACAUAUUAUGAAUAUUUUCUCAUUAAAAACAAAACCUGUA